AUGUUAAAUCGUCGACUUACUUUUAAUUGUAACCUUAAAGUGCGGGGAGGGGAGCGCUCGGCAGUUUCCGCCAAAUCUCGUGUCGCGCCGACGAUCCCCACCCGAUACCCCCAGUCGUCGCCCGACCAGGCCAGUGAGGAUUCUGCGUUCUAUUGGAGGGUAAGCUUGGAAGAUAAAUCUCCGGAGUGGCCCACGUCUUCCUUGAAGAGCUACAGAACUAUUUCUGUUGGGACUGUGGGAGCAACAGGCAGCCUCGCGAUGGCCGGUGUUGUGUGGAGUCGCAGGGCUCUUGUGAAGUGGUUUUGCUCCUCAUUGUGUUUACCCCACCGUUCUUUACUUCUUCUGUUCCAGCGGGGGUUAGCUCGCAUUGUCUAUUCGUCAACAAACCCUUUUCAUUUCGAGUCCUAUAACUUUCGGCACGACGUCAAAGAGGUACGUUAUAGAUGUCAACUUAAUCGCUACCUCUCAACCGCUGAUCGGUUUAAGGAUGUUCUGACGUCGAGUUGCAAAGCAAGAAGGCAGCUGAUCCCCUGA